AAGGUGGGUAAGUGAGUGAAUGGCGCAACAAGGGCAGGGAAGCAUGGACCCUGCUGUUCUCGACGACAUCAUUCGACGUUUACUUGAUUACAGAAACCCUAAAGCUGGGACCAAACAAGCUAUGCUCAACGAUUCUGAGAUCCGACAGCUUUGUUUUGUCUCCAGAGAUAUAUUUCUUCAACAGCCUUGUCUUCUUGAGCUCGCUGCCCCUGUUAAGAUCUGUGGUGAUAUUCAUGGUCAAUACUCAGAUUUAUUGAGGCUGUUCGAGUAUGGAGGUUUCCCUCCUGCAGCAAACUACUUAUUCUUAGGAGAUUACGUUGACCGUGGGAAGCAGAGUUUGGAGACUAUUUGUCUUCUGCUAGCUUACAAGAUCAAAUACCCCGAAAACUUUUUUCUCUUAAGAGGAAACCAUGAGUGUGCAUCUAUUAACAGAAUCUACGGAUUCUAUGACGAAUGUAAACGAAGGUUCAACGUGAAGCUCUGGAAAGUAUUUACAGACACUUUUAACUGCCUCCCUGUGGCUGCUGUCAUAGACGAAAAGAUCCUUUGUAUGCACGGUGGACUAUCUCCUGAUUUGAUCAAUGUGGAACAGAUUAAGAACAUAGAGCGUCCAAUUGAUGUUCCAGACUCUGGUUUGCUCUGUGACCUUCUUUGGUCUGAUCCUAGUAAAGACGUCAAAGGCUGGGGGAUGAAUGAUCGUGGUGUCUCCUACACUUUUGGUGCUGACAAAGUUGCUGAGUUUCUGAUAAAAAACGAUAUGGAUUUAGUCUGUCGUGCCCACCAGGUUGUAGAAGAUGGGUAUGAGUUCUUUGCUGAUAGACAGCUUGUGACUAUGUUUUCUGCUCCAAACUACUGUGGUGAAUUUGACAAUGCGGGUGCAUUAAUGAGUGUGGACGAAAGUUUAAUGUGCUCUUUCCAAAUUCUUAAGCCUGUGGAUCGCAGGUCGCGGUUCUUUUGAAUAGAAAGAGGUAUAGAUUUGAGUGUUUCUCAAAACCGUUGAACUUCCUCUUUGUUUCAGAAUCUCAGCUAGCUAUAUCAGUUUCAUCUGCGAUAUUGUAGUUAAAGUUCUUGCAUCUCAUAAAAGUCCAUGACUAGC